AUGCAAUCCCUGUGCCGUGUUUGUUUGGAGCAACUGGGUGAAGAGGAGGACGGAUUGAUAUCUAUUUUUCGUGUUUUCUUCCGCGAUGUUUCCGCGGGAAUGGUAAUGAACGAGCUGUUCCAUCUACAGAUCUCGGAGGAUGAUUGUUUUCCCCAGAACAUGUGUGAACGAUGCUUUCUGGAGCUGCAAACCGUGUACUCGUUUCGAGACAAACUGCUCCAAUCGGACAAAUCUCUUCGAAGUGCGACCACGGAAGAGGGUGACCCCAAGGAAGAAUCCUUCUUACCAGACCACAACGUGGCGUCGUGCUUGAUUCCAGCGCAGGGCACAAGUGAACUGAUCGAUCAUAAGUAUACGACGAUCGAAAUCAUCUCUACCGCUUGCUAUAUGUGUGGCAAGCCUAGUAACAAUUCCGGGCAAUCUUACAUGAUACGACCGAUACCGGACGGUGCUGAUAUAUCGGGCUCCGAUUCGACGAGAGCAAUCUGUACUGAGUGCCAGAGGAAACCUGAACUUUUAGAAGAAAAGGAUGAAGAUACCGUUGCGGCGCAGUCCUUGGAUAUCGAUAUACUUGAGCAAUGUUUAACAAAGGAAGCGGGUGGCAGUGAGUUUAAAUGCCCAAGGUUUUGCUGUGUAACACAUUGCAAAGAGAUGUUUGAAAACGAGGAAGAUCUAGUGGAGCAUGCACAGCAGCACCAUUCCCUCAAGCUACGGUGGAAUGAAGAACGGCAGCAAUCGGACAAGCCGUUCAAAUGCAACGUUUGUUUUCGGGCCUUCAACUCAUCGAAAAAUCUGCGCAUUCAUCAGUUUGUCCGAUCGAACCAGUUGGGAAAACUGUACCCGUGUCGCGAGUGUCCUUUCCGUGCCGUCAGCAGUGCGCUACUAACGAUCCACGAGCGAUCGCACACCGGGGAACGACCGUUUGUGUGCACUGUUUGUAAGAAGCGUUUCUUCUCCGAACUCAAUCUGAAAAACCAUCAAGUUUGUCACCAAACGGAGCGACCAUUCGGUUGCUCUUACUGUUCGAAAUCAUUCGCUCGUAAGCGAAAUAUGGAGGAUCACAUUCGGGCGUGCCAUUCGGAGGAGAAGCCGUACCAAUGUGUCGUCUGUUCGGCACAAUUUAAAGUGCAGCAACACUUGCGGCUCCACCAGCGGUUGCAUACGGGGGAAAAACCGUACCGGUGCAGUUAUUGUCCCAUGUGUUUCUAUAAUACCUCCGACCGAAAGCGGCACGAACUGUCCCACACGGGGGAAAAGCCUUAUACUUGUGGUGUCUGUGGUGUGGCGUACACUCGCAAACGUACACUCACCAUCCAUGAACGGACGCAUACCGGUGAAAGGCCAUUUAGUUGUGAUGUUUGCGGUAAAACCUUUAUUCAAUCUUCGCUGCUGAAGAGGCACACAGCGCGGCAUCACAACGUGCAGAUGGACAGAGAUGUGGAAAACGAAGCAGAAUGUGCACAAACUGGGGCAAGUAAUUCCCAAGUACGCACCGUGGAAGGAACGAUCGUAGUCGAAGAAGUGUAUCGAAAAGAUCAAUGA